AUGCAGGCUUCAGUUUUAAGACGACUUCCCAUAUCUUGUGCUGUUGUGCCUCCCGGACGGCUUCUGUUUUCUCGUGGCCACGCAACGACCAUCGAACAUUCGGGUGGGGAUUCCAGUACUGACGCAUCUCAGGGCUCCCUCUCGGACAAUUCUAAGCGAUUUUCUAAGCGGGAGAUAUCGGAUAUUUAUCAUUCGCCUUUGCUGGGGCUCGUCUAUCGCGCCGCAAGUGUUCAUGCUGUCAAUCACGAUCCGACAAAGGUUCAGCUAUGUACUCUCUUAAACAUAAAGAGCGGUGGUUGCACGGAAGAUUGCUCCUACUGCUCUCAAUCGUCUCGCUACAAGACUGCUACCAAGUCGGAAAAGUUACUUCAAGUGGAACCUGUGCUGGAGGCUGCACGUAAGGCUAAAGCGAAUGGAAGCACUCGCUUCUGCAUGGGUGCCGCUUGGCGUGACCUCCAAGGCAGGAAGAGCGGGUUUGAAAGGAACAAUAUUCCCAACUCACUGUUCUGCCCAUGCAGAGGGAUGGGUAUGGAAGUCUGCACAACGCUGGGCAUGCUCAGCCCUGAACAGGCUCAACGACUUAAAGAGGCUGGCCUAACAGCUUACAACCAUAACCUCGACACCUCUCGAGAAUAUUACCCCAAAGUCAUCACCACACGGUCGUACGAUGAGCGGUUAGAGACGAUUAAUGCAGUCCGAGAUGCUGGAAUCAGUGUUUGUUCCGGAGGCAUAUUAGGUCUUGGAGAAAGCGAUGUGGACCGAGUAGGACUUCUUUGGGAGGCAUCAAACAUGCAUGAACAUCCCGAGUCAUUCCCGGUCAAUGCAUUAGUGCCAAUCCCAGGUACGCCACUUGAAAAGAACCCGCCCCUUCAGCAUGAUACAAUCCUCCGUACGAUCGCAACAGCACGUGUGGUGAUGCCCACAACGAUCAUCCGUCUCGCAGCUGGCCGUCAAUCAUAUUCCGAAGCCGAACAAGCCCUCUGUUUCAUGGCCGGUGCUAACGCAAUCUUUACCGGCGAUGCCAUGCUGACUACACCUUGCUCCCCUUGGGAUCAGGAUAAGGCAAUGCUAAACAAAUGGGGCUUGAAAGGUAUGGCGUCCUUCGACCAACAGAGCAUUAGGACGAAGGAACGCUCUUUUAUUGGAGAUGCUACUCCUCACAACUCCACUGACACGCCAUUGGGAUCUGAGACCGCGUGA